CUCACCGUGUUCGGGUUGCGGAAGCUGCAUGGGAAACGCACGCGUGUGCACUUACGCUUUUCGUAUUGACAAUGUCUUUUUUAUAAUACUGCAAAUUUUAAUAAAAUCAUGCGGAUUGUUAUUUCUACCAAUGUCCAGUGUUUAUACGGAUGAUCAAGCAUGGCCUUUUAUCCGUCGUUUAAUUUAGUCGAAUCGAUCGUGGACGAGGUUGCCUUAGAAGGAUUAGACGGUAUUACUUUACAAGCAUUAUGGAUACGGUUGGCGAACAGAUUUCACGAUCCAUUGCCACUCUCCAAGCUUUUCAUGGACCAAGUAUGGUUGAUAUGCAAAAAAUUGAAAGAAUUUUUGUUUUAUGAAUUAGAAACACCGAGGGGGGAACUUGUUAUAUUUGACCGUUAUGAGUAUGUGCAUCCUGAUCUUGGCAUUAUACUUGAACCACCAAACGUUCCGCCGGACAUCUAUCCGCAUUGCAUGAUUGAAGAUCCCAAGGCUGGUGUGAAAGGCUCCUGUUCGACAUAUUACACAAGGAAGAACAUCAAAGAUAGCAUUAAGAAUGCGAGUCUAGACGAAGUGACGGAGAAAUACGGAUUAAGUCUGGUGAUCGUGGCGUCUCAGUCGGCCAGGACAAGAGCCUUGAUGGAUUCCAGUGUGAGUCCGACGUUGGAGCUGACCCUCAUGAGCUAUUGUUUCCUGGAGAGAGUAGGCAGAUCUCGCUAUCACGGCGAGGUGACUCAAGGGAAGCUUAGUUUGGCCGCGCUCAAUGAGGCGCCGAAGAGCUUAUUCUAUCACCGGAAAUUCCUGCUCAGCCACAAACUGAUCACUAAGCAAGUUCAUCAUCAGAAGAGCGCCGGCCACUGCGGCAACGGUAGCCUGCUGCACCUGCCGCGCUUCUACGUGGAGAGAAAACCAAAGGUGACUUAUUUAGCGGAACAGGUGCUUGAGAUCCUACGGUCGAAGAAGAACGGCGUCGCCGAGUACGAUGAGAUUAAGAAGAAGCUCGGGAUCGAGAAUUCGAUCAAGAAGCUGUUUAGGACUUCCUUCUUUCAAAAGAUCGUCAAGACGGACAUCUGCGUGCCGUACAGAACUUUGUACCCCAAUGCGGAGCCCAGCGAGUGGCGGCAGAAGCAGGAUCCCUCAAAGGAGAAGAAGAUCAGGGUGGUGCAAGUGUUGUAUCCGGACACCAAUAUCGAUGACUUGUGGGGCAAGGAGGAGAAGGACGACGUUGAAGAUAAUGUUAUCGUGCUAGAUGUCUCCGAUCACAAGUACUUAGUCCCAUAUCUGAAACAAGCGAACGGUAUUGUCGAAGCGUGCGAAUCGGAAGGCAUAUCUCAAGUUCUUCUCGGAAAGAAGAUGGGCCUCAACAAGUUACACUCCAGGACAAUUCUGAAGAACUUGCAGAGGGUGGGCAUUGUCGCGCUGUAUAUGAACGACAUUGGCCGGCAGAGGCUCACGAAAUACGUGUCAAAGAAAUUCGAGAAGAACAGCACGAUGAGUAAGCAGUUCAACAAGGAAAUGCGCAAGAUCAAAGAGCUGACGAAAACAAUGACCAACGAGAACGAAAAGAACCAACAAGAAGCGAAUUCCCAACCGAACGACGAAGAUGCCGAUACGAGGCAGGAAGAUGUUCAGAAAUCCCACUCGGACGGCCACAACAGUCCGACCGAUGAUGACGCGUUGAUUACCGAUAAAGAUGCACAAGAAUAUUGUGUGACAGACAUCGCAGAAUUAAAGAGAAAGUUCUAUGUCGUCAAUAGAAUUCUUCACAGGUAUCGAUUGACGAAAGCUCAGUCAAGAUACAAGUGCACAACGUCGAAAUCCUCGAUGCUGCAGAUGAAUUCCAAAAUCGUCGCAAAGGAGGGGGGGUCUGUAUCCAUGCAACGAAUCGCCAAUAAUGCCAUGGCCACGUCGUUGUACAAUAGUAUCAAGACGAAUCUGACAAUGCAGAAGCCUGUUCGCACCGAGAGUGGAGUUAAUGAAGUAUACAGUUUUAUGGAUGUCGUGCGGAACAGAGAAAAGAAGAAUAUGUCCAAUAUUACGUAUAGAUUGCUACGCCGAGCCAACAUGAUCAUCGAAGCGGUAAAGGAGCACCAAGUGAUCGACGACAUGACGAAACUCAUGAAGAUGAUCUGCGAAGAGGAGGACAAGGAGGGUUACGAUGUGAAGAUCGACAAGAAGUCUCUCAUCAGGCUGUUGCAGAAGCUCGCCAAGGAUAACCUGGUGAAGAACAUCAAGCUGACUCUGAGCGCUAACGGCCGCGAGAAGAACCUGACCUUCAUCUGCGACCCGAACAUUGAUACCGAUCACACCGUGAUCAAGUCGGCCGUCGAACAGGCGAAGUUGAAGUUUUGCCUGAUGGGGUCCCAGAAGUCGAGGAUGUCGAGGAAAGCGGGGUCCAAGGAGCGAUCGCAGGAGCUCAGCAAGUCGUCGGUUAUUACUGUGAACUACGAGUACGAUCCAACAGCCGGCAAACGCUACGGCCUCUGCCCGAAGUUUGUCAAGAUGAAGACGAUGCACAUCUUGUUCUUCUACCUGGUCUACGAUCACGUCGGCGUGCCGGCGGUGUCUCAGCAAGAGCAGAUCGAGAUCCUGCGGGCCAACGACUACGAAAUCGACGACGAUCUUGCUCAGGAGUUCAGCACCAUUUACACCACCGAAGUGGGAUGGAAGAUGUUCGUCCCACCGUUGCCUAAACAUGGCGGUUGGCCCGAGGGUUGGGCGCUAAUGUGCGACGUUCUUAUGGGUCUGCCACUCUCGAUCUUUGUUAAGGUGCAUAACAUCAAGUAUGUGAUACCGGAGUUGGAGCAUUACUUGAACCAUCCGAUCAGGAGGCAUUACCUCGUCAAGAAUCUCCCGUCUGAAAUCCGAGACGCUCUUCUGCACGGGCGGAAGUACAUAUACAACAUUCACGGCACCAUGUCCAAGUUGGGCUACAUCGGUCUGGUGCAGUUCGGCCCGCAACGACUCAAGGACAAGGAUCAGGUAUUCAUCUACGUGAACCGGCGCACGGAGCUCAUGGACACGGUCUCCUCGGCGGCGAGCUACCACAAUAUCGAGGACAAGGAGUACCCGGUGACCAAGUACUUCUUCGACCGCCUACACUCUGUUGAAAAGUACUGGCACGACAUGUGGGCUAUCUGCGUUAACACUCCGCUGGGAGGUAGACUGGUUGUGCACGGCAAGGACAUCUUAGUCGAGGACCUGGAUAAGAAGAGCAUCUUGACAACGGCGAUCGUGGCGCGCAAUCCGAAGGAAGCCGCGGGCAUGGACACCGGCGUGGUUCCCGGGGACCGUCGCGGGGCGGCUGGUAUCGACUCCGCUUUCUUCGCGCAUCUCAAACGCAACUGGAACUGGACGAGCAACUAUUCCGCGAACCAGAAGUCUCCGAAGGGCUACGAGGGCUCGAAGAAGUCCGGGAAAUCCGGCACGGGUCAGCGGGACCUGCAUCUGUCGAAGAUUCAAAUGAAGCCGGUCAAGUACACGGAGUACGUCGGCCUGAAGAAGGUCUCCGGGCCGCCAGCGCCCGCUAUCAGCGGCGCCGAGCUGCGACGGCAGGUGCACAACCACUUCAGUAAGCCGGGCGAGGCCGGCCGCAAGAACGAGGCCUUGCCGUCGCAUCAGACCAGCAAGCAGAAAUCCUUCGUGCGGCGGGUGAUGCCGCGCAAGCGGACCAAAGGGCCGCGUCUCAAGUACGACGAGGACGACUACCGGGCGAUGCAGAGGAUGCACAAGUUACGAGCCGACUGGGAGCCGCACGAGGUCAAUAUUCUGCUGGUGUGCAAAGUAGCGAUGACCUACCUUUCGCCCAAUCCGCGAAAGCAGGUGGUCAACUUCACGGCGGUGAGAGACGUGCUUCACAAGUACUCCUACACGUCGUACAACAAGACCUCGCGCGCCUGCCAGCGCCGGCUGAUGUACAUGCAACGGCAGCAGUGCACGAUAAACAGCCUGGCCUUGGGCGUCGAGGAGAUCAAGCAGGACCUGUUCAUCGACCAGCGCUACAACGGCAUCAUGGACAGGCUGAAGAGCGAGUGCUCGAGCUCGGCGGAAUACGAGAAGCGGGUGACGGAGGUGUUCAAGGAGCUCGUCGCCUUCAUCAUGAAGAAUUAUUACAACAUUGCGGAGAUAAGGCCCAACAAGCACAAGGCGAUGCCGAAGACCGCGCAGGAGUUCAAUUUCUUCUUCAAGACGAUCUACCCGGCGAAGCCGUACCAUAGUCAGGGCUUCAGGAAGGACGUGCGUAACGCCAACGACAUCCACUCGGCGACUAUCAAUUCCGUCAUACACAGCUCCAUGUGCUGCGCGAAGAGCAAACGUUCCUGGGCGUAUGAGCUCUUCAAGAUAUACCAGCAUUAUCCGGAGGCACUUUUGAGGCAAGCGAUGAUCAAGAUCAGGACGGAUCAAAUGGUGACCGUGAAGAAGAAUCACCUGUCCGCUAUUAAAAAAAGCGGCAAUUACGUGCCGAUGAGCAGCGCGCAGUACAAGUUGAGCGCCAAUUACGAGUUCAAGCUGCAAACCAAGUGGCCCCAAGAUGUAUUCAGCAGUACCUACGACGUUUUCAUGAAGUUGCUGCAGUACUACACGGAGCAGAGGAACGUCGUCCUCCCGGACCGGCGAGACGUCUUCAACGGCAUCGAAAUCCAGCCGGUUUCCAGUGGCAUAGUCAUGAUCAUGCACGACCUCCUGCCACGCAAUCAGAUCGACUUCGACAUCGAGAUGCCGGAGCAGAUCAUUAUGUUGGACUCCCGGUACCAGGACAAGGACGAGACUCACUUCAGGGUCGCGCAGAGGUACCAGGACAUUCUGACGAGGCUCUAUCGCUUCAAGUUCGAAAACGCCGACGCUCAAAACGCCCUAUCUGCCGACGAAGCGGAAACGAAUGCAGAGUGGGGAGACCCCUCAACGAGGAAGAGACCAGCCGACAAGAGCGACGAUCUCGAGGAACCGGCCUCAAAGAUUCGUCGUGGGAAUAAAUGCGUCGAAAGAAAUCGGAUGAAAAGAUCUGCGAAGAAUCGGCAGAACGAAGUUGCAGCGGAGAAGAAGAUGUUGAAGAUCGUUGACAUUGAAAAGAUCAUUUCGAAGGGCUGUUCCAACGUUCAGGCGUCUCCGGAGAAAGAUCGUGCCGAAUGCUCAUCAAGGAAGAGAUCCAUCGAUACAGAGGAGGACUCCGCCGACUGCGAGAAAUCAUUUUUGAAAAGAUCAAGAUUGAAUUCCGACGAUUCAAUGGACUUGUCGGACGUGGAAGAACUCGAGGAGUUCAAUUUAUACGAGGAGAAUCUGAAGAACAAGAAGAAGAUGAAGAUCAUUGGCAAGUCCUUGCAGAUGAAAGGAUUAACAGAGAAACGAAUGAAGGAAGACGCUUUCUCGAACCAACUGAACAGCUCCGCGAGCCUGACUACGAUUCCUCGACGCGUCAGCGAGAUCAUCGGAAACAUGCCGCUUGAGACGAAUUAUCUGAGUUCUUACUGCAAGAUCGAGUACACGAACGACAUUCAAAGGAAGUACACUAGAAUAGCCAUGCUGAGGAUGCGAGCUGAGUUGAAUGACCUCAAGGUGACCGACAGCCAUCACGCGCACGAAUACUUCGUAGUUAACGCCUUCAAGAUGUUCUACAGCUUGGAGCUCUCACCGUCGGCGGCAAGGUCGAGUGACCAAGUCGAGAAUUUCAAAGGUCACUGGGUCUCUAAUCAGCUGGUACCGUUGAAGAUCGACACCAUAAACAAAGUGCUUGAUGAGGUGAACGAGUUCGCGAUUUUCCCGAAAAGUGUCAUUUCCUACGCGGAUUACAAGAACAAUACGAUAACGAAGAAGGCGAAAAUAACGGUCGACUGGAAACACGUCGACGCAGUGUGCAAGUUCGUCCGGGAGCGGAAGGAACUCGGCGCGCGUCCGCAGGACUUGAUGGACAAGUUUUUCAACGAGCACGGCACAGACCUGUAUGCCAUCGUUUCACUUUUAGUGAAAAAUCGCAUAUUUUUGCGCUCUGGUGUGAUUAGUCCGCGCUACAUUCACCAUCAUCAUGUGGAUCCUUGGCUGAUUCACUCGUGCAAGAUACAUCGACUGGAACAAGAGGCUAUGGGGCCUUUCAAGGAUAGCGUGUACGCUACGAUGCCGCAGGGGAAGGCAGCCAACGCAAAUGUCGAUGCGAAACACAGCGAGGAGCACGCAAAUAAAAAACUUGAUAUGAUACAUGCGACACCGUCGACAUCAUCAAUGGACAAUGGAAAAGCUGAAAGGAAAGUUAAUCAAGAUGGAGAAAAAGCGGGUGAUGAUCCGAAUAAACUGGGAAACGAGAAAAAGGAGGAUAACGAAACCAACGAGAAAUGCGACACACUUACAAGAAAAAGGUCGCAGAGACAGCGAACAUGUUCAUUUUCGCAAAAGGACAAACCCGCGCAGCAGCCGGACUUAACGGCCGAGGAAAUAAAAGUUGUGAUAAGACCGUGGAUUCGCAUUGACGGCAUUUUGAACCGUAAAGUACUGGACCAGAUGCUAGGGGCGGUUCUGGGUUACUGUUUGCUUCACCCCGGACUCACCCUGGCGAAGGUGCAAAAUCGAUUCAUACCUGCUCUGCAGCCCUUCCAUACGCGCGAAUUGGCCGAGAUGCUGAUCAAGUUGGGCUGCUUAAAGAGCAAACUUUUGAAGAAAAGUCGCGUUACCCUAUUCUCCCAGCCAUCAGUGCUUAAAAUCAGCAAUCUGAACGCGGAUACCUCUUCUUGGGCUGCCGAAGAUGAAUUAAUAAUUGAACCUGCCAUAGACGCGGUAUUAAAGUUCGGUAUAUUUUUGAGUAAAACAAUACACAGCACGGAUUUCAUGUAAACUAUUUGAUUUUGAUUUAUUGAUAAUUUUUAAGAAGUGUAUAUAUAUAGUAAUUUGUAAUUACAUUAUAUAUUAUAUAUAACUUAUAUAGAUAAGUACAUAUAAUCAUCUGAUUUGAAAUAUAAUGUUAAAUACAGCUUCAUAUACAUAAAACUUAUUGUGUAAUAAUAAUCGUACUUAAUAUUCUAUAUCUGUUCUACUAUACAUAUGUAAACGUGUGCGUGCGUGCGUACGUUCGUGCGUGCGUGUGUGUGAAUAAAAAUGUG